GUGUUUGUGAGUCUGCAGUGAACAGAGUAGAAGAAGAAGAACAAGAUGGCGGAACGAGGCUACAGUUUCUCACUCACCACAUUUAGCCCCUCAGGUAAACUGGUCCAGAUCGAGUAUGCGCUGGCAGCUGUUGCAGCCGGAGCUCCGUCAGUGGGCAUCAAAGCUUCCAAUGGAGUUGUCCUGGCCACAGAAAAGAAACAAAAGUCCAUUCUGUACGAUGAACAGAGUGUCCAUAAAGUGGAGCCCAUCACUAAACACAUAGGCAUGGUCUACAGCGGCAUGGGGCCUGACUACAGGGUUUUGGUUCGACGAGCCAGAAAGUUGGCACAGCAGUACUUCCUGGUUUACCAGGAACCAAUCCCCACAGGCCAGCUCGUUCAGAGAGUGGCAUCUGUCAUGCAAGAGUACACACAGUCUGGUGGAGUGCGUCCGUUUGGUGUUUCAUUGCUGAUUGCUGGAUGGGAUGAGGAUCAUCCCUACCUGUUCCAGUCAGACCCCUCCGGUGCAUAUUUCGCAUGGAAAGCCACAGCAAUGGGGAAAAACUAUGUAAAUGGAAAAACAUUCCUUGAGAAAAGGUAUAAUAAUGACCUAGAGUUGGAAGAUGCCAUCCACACAGCCAUUCUGACCUUGAAGGAAAGUUUUGAGGGUCAAAUGACAGAGGAGAACAUCGAGGUUGGAAUCUGUAAUGAGGCUGGCUUCAAAAGACUCACCCCAGCAGAGGUGAAAGACUACCUGGCAGCGAUUGCGUGAACACAUCCUCCCUUGUGACGAGGCUUCCAGGCCACAUUCAAAACGAAGACAUAACCGCACAAUCGCCAACUGUCUCAUUACACAGUUUUGUAAACAACAGUCACUUAAAUAAUUUGGCUAUUAAGGCCAACCUUUGUCUCAGAAUAAAUUGGCUUUUUUUUCUUCGAAUAGAUGGUCUGUACUGUGAAAUGUGAUGGUUGGCUGCUGUGCAUAUGAAAAGGAAUAUGGGUUAUGAGUUUAAUCUCAAAUUUUCUACUGAAUCCUUCUACAUGCGUUUACACAAGUCAUUUGACACCUGUGACAAAAAACUUCUGGUUUUAUGAAAUAGAAUAAACUAAAUUGCUAUCAAGACAGUUUGUUAUUAGGGAUUAAAAUGAGCUCUUGUCUCUUGGUUGAUUUAACCAACUUGUACUUAAGCAGUACUUAAACUCUGGGAAGAUUCCAGCAAAGAGAGCUUAUUUGGAGGAUUCAGUUUAAGUUUUUGAGAUUAUACUGUUGACUUCUUCUGCUUGUACAGCCGUUUUACACAAUGUACUCCUUUUUUUCAGGCUUGAAACAAAUCUAGAGUUUGUAUUUUCUCUUCUGCUAUCUGUCAUUUGUUCAAAUAAAGGAUGACGAGUUAA